AUGGCAGAGAAACACAAGAGGAGUACACCGGUUUACCGCAGCGUCUCUUUGAAAAAGUGGGGCGCCAACAAAAGUAAGGAGAAACAAGACAAAAGCCAGAGUUUGGAGGCAGCCGGCGUCUCUCUUCCACUGGAGCCAAGCGGGGCAGAGCAGCGUCAUGUUAGUGCGUCAAGAAAAGUUUCCAAAAUCUCUGCCACCACAACCGCAGAGCCGAAGAAAGCCUCCUCCGCCCCUCUCGCCUCAAUUUCUCCCUCCAUACGCCAGCUCACCGAGAAAUUCAUCAGCAACAGCAGCAGCGGAGGAGGCACCGAGAGGACUCACAACGACUGGCCGGGAGACUUUGCAGCAGUGCCGCGUGAGAGCAGCACACUUCCCCGCGUCACAGCCUGCAGGAGGAGCAGCUCUCUGUCUCGACUGGCCUCGCACCGGGACGGCGGAACAGCACUCUUAUCAGACAACAAGUCAUUUUUGGACAAAGUGCAAAAGUUUAACUCCGGCACGGAUUCGGUGUCCGGAUCGGACUCUGAGAAAAAAACUAAAAGACGGACUUGUGCAACGUUAAGAAGCUUCAAUUCUGGUAAGAAAAAAUCUUGCACAUCUGAUCUCCAAAAGACUUUUAUAAAUAAUGAUGAAGAGUGUGUCACGUUUAGUGGCCCAAGUAAACUUCACAAAGUUUAUCCAUCCACACACUGCAGUGAAUAUAUUUCCCUGAAACCUGAUAAAUGGCCGAAUGUGACCAAAAUUAGACAACUUUUUGAUGAGAAACAAAAGCAAGUCGACACUUGUGAGAAUUCAAAACAGCUUGAUAAUAUUGAUUUAGGCCAGACGGGCAACCCCGAGCGUGGCGGUCGUUUGGAUAAAAGCGACAAAAUCUCACCUUGCUCAUCAGCUAAUGAAGGCAAAAGUCCAUAUUCGUCUCAGGCGAGCUUAGUUGACGGACGGAGCCAAAGCAGCGCUGCUGUCAAACAGACACUUUGUGACACUAUGGACUUGCAUUCCAAAAUCUACGAGCAGCAUUAUGCACUUGAUGAGGAGACGCGCUUAAAAUCAUUCGGUUUUUGUAUUGACAAGAUUUCUGGGACAAAUCAGUUUAAAAACAGCAGCAGCUUUUCUCUGGGUUGCCGUGAUCAAAAGCGUAGCUCAUCCCCAUUCAGAUCUCAGAGCCCCAGCUCAGAGGCAGAGGGUGCCUCCAAAACUCCCACGCUGAUAGAGUUGACCCCUGACCCUCAUCCUGACCUGCAGCCCUCAGCUACUACUUCUCGUAGGGGUUUGGUGAGCCGGGACACCUUCUGCGCCUCCUUUCUUCAGGAGCCGGUAGUGAGGGAGAGAAGGGUUAGUCAGGGGGUCGGGCUGGCAGGGGAUAGUUUACAUUCCUCACAUAGCUCCUCUACAGCUCCCACCUCUCCCCCCUUAUUCCCUCUCCAUGCUCCAGCUCCAGAUAAAGCCGUUACCUCCUCCUCGACUGUUGCUGCCUCCUCAGCUCCUGUCGGAGUUGAUUCUCAACAUAGAUCCAGCUGGAGGGUUAGCUCUGGAGACGAAGAGGAGUUGCAUAGCAGGAGGAAACGAGGAGGUGCAUGCUGGAGGGGCCCCUCUCAUCCUUUUGUUGACGUCAGGGGAGGAGAGAGGGUUGGCACAGAGGGAGGCGGCAGUUAUUUUUUAGGCAGUAAAAAUGGCCGCUGGAAUGCAAAGGGCAUCGGCAGGUCUUCAGGAAGUGAGGAGGAGAGUCCUGGUUCUGUAGGUCCAUCCAGUAGGGAGGCUGUGCGGCGGCGUUCUCUGAGAAAGAAGAAGCGGGUCUGUGGUGGCGCUUUCGCGGCUGGCCGCGAUGAUUAUAAUGAUCAUGACGGCGAAUCAGAUGACAGCGACAGUGAGCCGUCCUUGACCAUGGAGCACUUGGAUAGACCCCGCCAUGGGGUCAAAGGAGGAGAGUUUGCAGCAAGAGUAUCACGGAGUCAGUCUGCAAGAGAACCCACUUUUCAAAGUUACAGAGCAAAGGUGCAGCAGCAAUGGGAGCGCAUCUCCUCGCCUGUGGCAUCCACAACACUUCCUGGUGUGUCUCGAGUAUCAAAGGUCAAUAUCCCCCCUUUUGGUUCCAGUUCUGAUGGUUCUCGGUUUAGUUCCCGAUAUUCUAGCACUGAGACACUGAAGGUGGAGGACCAAGCUGGCUGCAGCAACCGUGGAGGAAACAAGUUUUUGAACACUGGUGGAGACAACACUUCCAGGAAUUAUGCCUCAUCAAUGCUGAGUAAAACAUACUAUGGAAAUUUUACCAUGUACCGCUCCCCUAGUUUUGGACACGGGGAUAAUUUUCCUCGUACCCAAGUUCGGAUGCGCCCCAAGAUUGUUUCCAGUGUCACUUCCCCUUCUGGAGUCCAUGCUCUGGAAGGAACAUUACCUGAGACUGUGAGAUUACAUCAGACAACAGAUGGUGAUAUUGCAGAUGUUAAAAAUGGAAUAUCCAAGUCCAACCCUGACAUCACAAAAGAAACAAUGACACUUUUACACUUCUUGAAGUCAGACUUGUCGGAGCUGAAGGUGCGGAAAACUAGCGAGGAAGAAAAAUAUUGCUCGGGGCAGCAGAGUCACGGCGGGACCUUGUUGCCCUCUGGUCGUCGUUUGUCCCUAAAAGACUUGACGGCAACAUUGCGGCGCGCAAAGUCCUUCACGUACUCCAGUAAAUCCCCAACAGCUGUGCGUUGUUACCUGGCAGGAGGUACAACCAAAAGAAGUACCUCCGAGCAACAGCUUGACAUGAAUACAGAAAAAAAUGGAGGCAGGGUGUCCGUUUCAGACAGGGAAGUAGAAAGCGAUGGAGGUGACUUUAGGCUUGGAAGAGGACAAGGACUGUUAGAUUAUGGGUAUGAUGAUGAUGAGGAGGAAGUGAUGCCAGCACCAUUGCAAGAAAAAUAUGUGGAGGAAGCAAGGCAGGUUAUUCAGGAUAUCUGCCAGAUGAGCACCAGAGAAGAUGAAGAUAUUGAUAUGACAAGUGUGAAUGUUGUUGAAGAUAAAUGUUUUAUGCUUAAGAAAACAAAUGAAGAAAAGCGAAAAGGAAUGAGCCCUGAAUGUGAGUCAGAAACAGACCAAGGGGCUGAGUUUAAGACCACAAUGGAAAUAGAUAAACAUGUGGGGGAGAGGGAGAAUGGUGAGAGAGAGAAAGGAGAGAGGGAUGGACUUAGUAUGCAGCCUGAAAAGCUAAACAGUAGGAAUACAGACUACCAGGAGAAGGUGAAGAGACAUAACAGAGAGACCGUGAGGCCAUUACUGAAGGGGGACUCAGAGGAAAGCGUGUGCUUUGACCGCUCUGCGGAAGAACUUUCAGGCCAUGAGUCUAGUUUAACAGAUGAAGGAAUUGUAACAGAGCCAGAGAUUGGCCCUGGUGACCCCUCUGAGAGGGCUUUUUUGGGGUCAGGAGGGGUUAAUUUGGGGUCAUGCAUAGCCAGGGAUGUACUGGGGCAGCCCGUCACCAUAUGGAAACAAUCAGCACUCCAUGAAGAGAAAGGGCUGAAAAAGGAAAGAGAGGAAAUGAUGGAGAACAACAAUGGCUGUACAAAUCGACUAAAUGAGAUCAGCAUACUUCACCCCCACUGUUUGGACGAGAGCGGCAACAUUUUCACAGACUCCAUUGCUGGUCCCAACUUUGUCGACACUACCAAUGAGGGGACCAACUACAGCAACGCAGUACUGCAGACAUUGAUGGGUAAUGUAGGAAGCCUUGAGGCACCUGCAACCCCAAGUGCUGGCCGUCGCAGACGCAAGUUUUCCCCUCCCGUUAACAACAAUUCAGCUUCAGAGGUUAGUAACAGUACCACUGAGUCAACAGCAACAGCUGAUGGGACUGGGGAGUCAACAGUCUAUCGGUCCCUCAGCGAUCCUAUGCCUCAAAGACGCUCUUCAGUGACCGAGGAAGACACUUUUUCCUCUGUUGACAGCAACCUUUUAGGAUCUCUUGCUCUCAAAGGAGGAGGGCCAGCAAAGUCCCCUUCUGUACCCACUUUAUCAGAAUACAAAGGAAGUGUGGCCAGUGACUUGUCUGUAUACAGUGAUGGUGGACUCUGGGAAGAGGUAGUUGGUGACUACACUGGUGUGAUCAAGAAAAUUAUUGCUGAACCUGGAGCCAUGGACAGACUGACUGAUGAUCAUGGCAAAGCUGUAAAGAAGAAAUCCUUUAGUGACCCCAGUCGGCGUAGUGAUGUAGCUUUGCUUUCUCAUAACAACUCUCAGUGUAAAGGUCAGUCCAGCAGCUCUGGACCAAUCAGUGAGCAGGAUCAGACGGGCAAAAUCCUACCUUCUAGCAGCGAGCCAAUCCUGAACAAGCAUAAAGAAAAAAUGUUGAAGGUGGAGGGGCAGCCUAAAGAAAAUGUAAACACUCAGUCACAUGAUUGUCAUAGUGAGAGUAGCAAUACUGACACCAAGAAGGCUCAUUCCCAAACAGGCAAUCUUGACCACGAAGACAAUGUUAUUGAUGAAGGUGUACAAAAGAAAAUAGAGGAGACAAAGAGGUUUAAUUUUGACCUCAAGCUCGCUGAAGCUUUAUCCCCUAGGAUAGUUCGUCGAUCCCCUCGAAAACGGCCAAAUCGGUUGGCCCAGUUUUUUUCCAAUGAAGACCCAUUUGAGCCCUCAGCUCUAGAGGAGCAAGAAGGUCACUAUGACACGUCUGAGCCCGCACCAUCUCUUGCCUCAUCAAAACCAAAGACCAGAACAAAGCAUGUUAGACAUGCCAGCGAGCCUGCUACAUUCAUACCCAUCUCGCCACCUCCACGACAGCAGUCUCUCAAGAAAGAGAGGAGUCUCUCAGACCAACCCACUGGCAGUUACGCAGCCCUGACUAAGACCCCAGUAGACAAGGUUCAAUCUUUGGAUGAUGUGACCCAAAAAUAUACUAUAGACUUUAACUCCGCUGAGGCUGAAGGUCCUGAGCGUCUCCUUGGGAAUAAGGAUGGGCCUGAAGGUUUGGUGUCUUCACUGGAGGGACCGGGUGAGGUCUUCGCCAUACAACCUACAGGAGCUGAGCCACGGAAGGGUUUGGACCAUGCAACAUCUGUACCAGCCCCAGAGAGGACCAAGCCAAGAGUGGACAUGCGAAAGCAUGUGAUGAUGACACUGCUGGACACGGAGAGAUCAUACGUGGAGUCACUGCGCACUCUGGUUCAGGGCUACAUGCGUCCUCUCAAACAACCGGACGGGGCCUCAAUUGUUGAUCCGCUGCUGGUGGACGAGAUGUUCUACCAAAUCCCAGAGAUCCUGGAGCAUCACGAGCACUUUCUGGAACAGGUGGACGGCUGCGUCAACCAGUGGCACGAUAGACAGACUGUCGGACACCUCCUUAUUCAAUCAUUCUCCAAAGAGACUCUGGCGAAUAUGUAUUCAGCCUACAUUGACAACUUUCUGAAUGCCAAAGAUGCCGUGAGGAUGGCAAAGGAGGCCAAACCUGCUUUUCACAAGUUUUUGGAGCAAAAUAUGCGUGAAAACAAAGAGAAGCAGGCCCUGGGUGACCUGAUGAUCAAGCCGGUACAGAGGAUCCCUCGUUAUGAGCUUUUGGUCAAGGACCUUCUGAAGCACACCGCAGAUGACCACCCGGACCACUCCUUCCUGUUGGAUGCUCAGAGGGACAUCAAGCGGCUGGCAGAAAAGAUUAAUAAAGGACGUCGUUCUGCUGAGGAGGCGGAGAGAGAGGCCAGGGUCAUCCAAGAGAUUGAGACGCAUAUAGAGGGAGUUGAACAUAUCUUGAAUCCACAAAGGAAGUUCAUCCGACAGGAGAUGGUUAUGGAAGCGAAGACAGUUGGUGGGAAGAAGGACCGAUCUCUCUUUCUCUUCAGUGAUCUGAUCAUCUGCACUACACUGAAGAGGAAGUCUGGAUCGUUGAGACGCAGCUCCAUGAGCCUAUACUCUGCAACUAGUGUGAUCGAUACUUCGAGCAAGUACAAAUUUCUGUGGAAGCUUCCUCUCGAGGAUGUGGAGGUGGUGAAAAGUUCCAUUCAGACAACAAACAAGGAAAAUGUCCAGAAAACAAUCAGUCGACUCGAUGAGGAUUUGAGCACGCUGGGUCAAAUCGGCAAACUGUCAGAGGCCCUCAGCUUACCACACCAGUCUCUGGAUGAGGUGAUCAAGGAUCUGAUGGCCUCUGUGCACAGGGAGCUGUCGGACAAGCAGUCUUUAGCCUUUAGUAUGACCUCUCUGCCCACCAAGCUGGAGUUCACCACCGUGUCAGCAGAGAGCAGCUUUGUCUUUGAGUUUACGUCGCCUGACGCUCGCUCUAACUUCGAGCAGGCCUUUGAAGAAGCGAAAAAGAAACUGGCUAUGAUUAAGGACCAGUGGGACCCAGAGUUCCUGAAAGCUAUUCCUAUUAUGAAGACGCGGAGUGGAAUGCAGUUUUCAUGUGCUUCUCCAAGUCACACCUGUCCUGACAGUGGAUGUGAAGUGUGGGUGUGUAACAGUGAUGGAUACGUUGGCCAGGUUUGCUUGUUGAACAUCAAAGAUGAGCCCACAGUAGAGGCCUGUAUUGCCGUCUGCUCAGCUAGGAUCAUCUGUAUUGCAGCUGUACCUGGACUGAAGGGGAGGGAGCGUGGACCUGAAGCAGCCCCAACGCCCGCAACACCUGAUCAUACUCAACAGCAGUUACAUAUUUCCAUCUCACGUUCCUCUUUGGAACUGUCCGAGCAACCAACAGGACCUGGUGCUGAGCUAGUUCCAUUUGACAGUGACGACACAGACGAUGAAGAUUCACCGAGCCCUUCAUCCACUCUACAGAGUCAAGCCAGCCACUCCACCAUAUCUUCCAGCUAUGGCAAUGAAGAGGCUCCAUGUUCCAAAGACUUGGCUACAGAGACCACCAGCAGUGAGGAGGAACAGGAAUUUUCAGUGACGAGCUCCUAUUCAGCUUCUGGAAUGCUGGCAGUAGGCGGAGGAUGUCGAACCAACACGGAGAGCCCCAUGGAUGGCCGCGCCAUGCGCCGCUCCUCCCGGGGAUCCUUCACCAGAGCCAGUCUGGAAGACCUGCUCAGUAUUGACCCGGAAGCCUACCAAAGCUCUGUGUGGCUCGGCACUGAAGAUGGAUGCAUACAUGUAUACCAGUCUUCAGAUAACAUCCGCAACCGUAAGAACAGCAUGAAGAUGCAGCACGCAGCUUCCAUCUUGUGUAUAUUGUAUUUGGACAACAAAGUGUUUGUAUCACUGGCUAAUGGCGAGGUGAUUGUCUAUCAAAGAGAAGCAGGUAGUUUCUGGGACUCUCAGUCUUCUCAGACAUUAGUUCUGGGAACUCCUAGCAGCCCCGUCACUAAAAUGGUUCCGGUUGGAGGAAAAUUGUGGUGCGGCUCCCAAAACCGAAUUCUCAUCAUUAACUCAACUACACUGGUGCAAGAGCAUUGCUUCCAAGUCGGGACAGACAGCAGCCGAUGUGUGACGUGCAUGGUGUCUUACGGUCAGGGUGUGUGGUUGGCCCUGCAGGGCAGUGCGCAUGUUAAACUGUACCAUGCUCAAACGUGGGAGAGCCUGACGGAAGUUGAUGUGGCGCCGGCGGUUCACAAGAUGCUUGCGGGUGCAGAUGCAAUCAUCAGACAGCACAAAGCUGCUUGUCUGAGAAUCACCGCACUGCUGGCCUGUAAGGAUCUUUUGUGGAUCGGCACCAGUGCAGGGGUGGUCCUCACUUUGGCCAUCCCAGCAGUGAGUUCUGGAACAGGUGCAUGUGCCAUGAAAACACCACUUGUUCCAAUGGGCUCUGCCCACGGACACACAGGUCAUGUUCGAUUCCUGACAUCAGUCGAGCUACCAGAAGGAUUAGGGAUGAACUUCCCCCCUCCGACAUCGGAUUCCACAGGCAAACCGUCGGAGAGUGCUGACGUCGUUGAUGGAAACCUUCAAAGGCGCGAUUCUGUUCGCCGCAGAGCCUCGGCCCACCUGCCUCCAAAAACCAAUCAACUUGUCAUAUCGGGCGGAGAUGGCUACGAAGAUUUCAGACUAAACAAUAGCAGUGAGACUAUUGGACGGGAUGACAGCACCAACCAUCUUUUGCUGUGGAGGGUCUGA